AUGCAAGAAUUCUAUACUGAGUCUAUUACCUGGGAUACAGAAUACAACUUGGACAGCGAUGUUACUCUUUAUGUUCGCAGUAGGCGUGCUGCGUUCCGCAUCUGCUACAUUGCGCAGGAGCUCGCCGCUUCAUCUUCUGUUUUACAACAGCAUCACGAGCUAUACAAAAAGCUGCACAAAGAUGGAUAUUGUGAAACUGCAGAACGCCUUAGGAGACCAUUUGAGGAAUUGAUGACCCGGUUGGCUCCAAAUCCACCAAUAGAGUAUCUACAAGGCUAUCUCUACCCGCCGUCGUUCAUUCUCGAGGCAACGGUUGCUCAGAGCGGCCACGUUCAGCCACUUUGCAAGACAACCCUUUCGCGACAAGAGUUUAUGCGUCCAGGCGAUUACAUGGAUAGCAAGCACCUUCAACCACACCUAUGCCCGCUUCUUGCCUCAAAACUCAACAGGUACUCAUCUCGUGAAGUACAAGUUCUAGCUUAUACAUCACAGCUGGUUCCAUCCAAGGUCUCUGUGAAUGGUAUGGAUUACUUCUUCAAACCUUGGAUUUCAGGCCGAGUUCAUGGAUACUACGAGCUGCAGUCAUACAGAAAGAUGCUGGUAACUACUGCGACGCCUCUUCUUACUCAUGCACGUAUCUGUCGCCUACACGGUCUGAUCAUCGACAAUCAUGAUGAUGUCCUUGGACACUAUCAUCUCGAUAGCGAUGAAGAGGACUACCCUGGCACACGUUUAGUUGGACUGCUUCUUACCUAUAUCGAGAAUAAAGGCACUCUGACGGACUUGGCGCCUUGGUCAGACUGCACAAACCAGGAUCGGCUUCGCUGGUUUCGGCAAAUACAUGACUCCGUCAACUGCUUGCAUGCCGCAGGCCUGGCUUGGGGUGAUGUUAAGCCUGAUAAUGUCUUGGUUGAUACGGAGGGCAAUGCCUGUCUCGUUGAUUUUGGUGGUAGCUACACUCAGGACUGGGUUGACGAGGAUAAGCAGGAAACUGAAGAAGGAGACUGGCAGGGUGUGCAAAGGAUUAAACAGUGGCUUCUCGAAUGGUCCGAUAAGCCUGUCACUCGUUCCAAGUGUGUUGGUGUAGUGUAA